AUGAAGAUUUAUUGGUUAUUGUUGUUCUUUUCGUCGUUGUUACCUACGUUACUAGGUAACCAACUGUGGGCUGCCGAAAUUACCGGAGGAACGCAGGUUGCACAGCUCUUGGCAGCAUCGCACGGCUUCAAAAUCCUCUAUAAGUCAAAACUUGGAGAUGAUAUUUACAUCUUAGAAAAAGACGACAACCCUCUCCUGAAGAAGAGGAAAUCCGGUAAAUUACAAGACAGUAAAGAGGUACUGUGGGCUGAAGAACAGGUCCCAAAGAACAGAGAGAAAAGAGGAAUGUUCUCUUGGCUGCGAAGCCGGUACACAAGAGUUUUCAACGAUGUACUCUGGAAUAAGGAAUGGUACAUGCAAGACUAUAGAGAUGGGGCUCAGGUACCGGUACUGGAUCUAAACGUGGUACCCUGCUACAUGGAAGGUAUCACUGGAACUGGAGUCAGGGUAACCGUUAUAGAUGAUGGUCUGGAGUGGAGGCACGUUGAUAUAGCCAGUAACUACGAUCCUUCGAUCAGCUUUGACUUCAACGACAACGAUACCGAUCCUACCCCCCGCUAUGAUCCCUGGGGCAGCAAUUCUCACGGAACGAAAUGUGCCGGAGAAAUCGCAAUGGUUGCGAACAACAGGAUAUGUGGCGUUGGGAUCGCCUACAACGCAAGCAUAGGAGGGAUAAAGCUGCUCGACGGUCCUGCCAGUGAUCUCUUGGAGAGCGAGGCGCUCACCUUCAACCUGAAGAGAGUGGAUAUCUACUCCAACUCGUGGGGUCCUCCGGACGACGGGAGGACAAUGGAAGGACCAGGACUCCUCACGAGGAGAGCCUUUUUUAAAGGAGUAAAGGAGGGACGAGAUGGGAAAGGUAGCAUCUUCGUGUUCGCGGCAGGGAACGGGAAAGGAAAAGGGGACAAUUGCGGAGCGGACGGCUACAUCAACACUAUCUACACGAUAGCCAUCGCCAGCGCCUCCCAGGAGGGCAAGGCCGUCUACUACGGCGAGAGGUGCUCGGCCAUCCUGGCCACUGCGUACUCUAGCGGCGCCAACAGGAACGAGAUGGUGGCUACUACCAAUUUGAACAACACAUGUACACUACGACACACAGGGACUUCGGCUGCUGCACCACUUGCAGCUGGGAUCAUCGCUUUGCUGCUUCAAGCCAACAACAAUUUAACUUGGAGGGAUGUUCAGUACCUGAUCACUUGGACGGCUGAAGUAGCUCCAUUGUCCAAUAAUCCAAGUUGGAAUAAAAAUGCAGCAGGUUUUUGGGUGUCCUCAGACUUUGGUUUUGGUCUUCUAAACGCUCACAAUAUGAUCAAAAGAUCUAGAACAUGGCGCACAGUUCCUGAAAAACAUCUCUGCAUUGUGCCUGUUAACAUUGCUGGCAACGUCACCAUCUUCUCUGGUACCCAAACUAGGGUGACACUGUAUAGCAAGGCCUGCAGGGGGACCCCCAACGAGAUAAACUACUUGGAACACGUGGAACUUCGGCUUUCCUUGGAUUAUUUUCGGAGGGGCUCGCUCAGUAUACAUAUGACAUCACCUUCUGGUUUCAGGAGCACACUGCUGGAAGAAAGGUUCUGGGACGAAGCAAGAGUUGGAUUGAACAGUUGGACGAUGUCUUCGGUUCACUUUUGGGGUGAAAGGCCCGCUGGAUUCUGGACAUUCAUCGUUGGAACAAGAUUGUAUGAGGACAGACCAGAACUGAUUAGACCCGGAAGAUUGAGAAGUGCACUCGUUGUCUUCCAUGGAACAAAAGAGAAGCCUUCCAUAUACGACAAUGGUCCCAGGGAGUACGCGCCGUUUUAUCUUCCAUAG